AUGUGUCCACAACUCCGUUGCCCUGCCUCAAUGGACGAUCUGAGACAGUCUAGCGUCUGUAUUAACGAGGGCACGCCGACUACCCUCUCAGUUGUAAUUAAGUUGGAAAAACAAAUUGUGAAACAGGCCAAUAAAGCCAUGGACAAAGAGUGUUUGGCAAAGGCAGGAGAUAUAAGUGGGUUUAAAAAAGUGGAUUUGACCAAGGCCAAUUUGAAACAAUUAUUAAUCAACUUUUGCGAUGAAGAUUUUGAUAAAAAAGACUCUGAUCAAUUAGAGAAUAAUAUCGAUAAUGCAAUGAACAAAGAAUGUAUGGGAAAGGCCGGAGAUAUGAGUGCGUUCAAAAAAGUGGAUUUGACCAAGGCCAAUUUGAAACAAAUAUUAAUCAAGUUUUGCGAUGAAGUCUGUUAUACACGGGUGGACAAGACUGUUCAAAAAGAGUGUCUAGGCAAAGCAGGUGACAUGAGCAAGUUCAAAAAGAAAUGCGCUUUGGAUAUACUUAAGAAAUAUGCUAUCAUGAAAUAA